AUGCCAAAGGAUAUCUCGAAUAAUUUGUCAAAUGUAUGGGUCAUAAUGCAUUUUCUCAAUCGAGUCAGAACAGUCCUUCGGAAAGGUAAACGGGACUCGAUGGUGGCUGGGCCAAAGGCUUCAUCGUGGAAGCGACUCCCAUCUCAUGUCUUUGUUAAAAUUCUAGCCUCUUGUGAUCUGGAGGAUAUUGGUUCUUUGUCUCUUUCCUGUCGAGCACUCCAUGACCGGGUUUUCAAGCUGGAAUAUGCCAUAGCAUGGGCAUAUAUUCAACUCCGAAAGCAGAUGUAUCACCAAAGGCAUUGUAUUGACGGAGACCUGUCGCCGGGUGAUGACAUUGCCUUCAUCUCCGAGCUAUUUCCUCCCCCACCUCCUGAGUAUAGCACAGACAUGCCUCAUGACAACGCGGAAUAUUCUCUGGGAUAUCUCGGCGAUUUAAAACGAUGCUGGAAUACUUGCAUUCGACUCUCCCAUCACUUAGCUGCUCAUGUUGUUGAACACCAUUUGGAGACUGAUACAAUUGCUCGGCCUUUGUGGUCAUCUUCCAAGACAGAGAAAGAAGUUGUCUACAGCAAAGCUGUGGCUUCGCUCCAAGCCAAGCUUUUGUAUCCGAUAGCCUACGCGGUAUUCUUCUUGGAAUCAUCUGUAUCUUCUGACUCUGACUCUGACCACUCAGGUCAUCACCGCGAAAAUAUGGCUCGUUCUAUUAAACGACAACAAUCAAUUCUCCAAAAUACACCUUUUGACGAUACAUUUAUAUUUCUGUCGACCCACCACUGCAUGCAGCUUCUAUUUUCGACUGUCCAGCGCUUGAUGGGGCCGGAAAUUCCCCAUUCCACCGCCGAAAGCUGGUUUAGUCUCCUUCUCACCACUUCAACCAUGGAGAGAAUCCUCAGCUUCUUUGUCUCCAUUGCGAAGGAUAACCAAAUAAAACAAAAGGGCGAGCAUGAUUCUACGUGGUCUCAUAGAAAAGAGUUUCUGUGGGCGAUGCGACAGGAUUUGGAUGAGUACAUGGCGUCUUUCAGUGAUCAUGGCGAAGAAACACUCCUCGAGCCAAAGCUUAACCUUGUAUGGUUCCAAGCGGCCCGAAAUGAGAUGGACGAACGAGGGGCUAUUCCGCAUACCGUUGAGGAUUCAGAAGUGCACGUUCUCCACGGGUCCGUUGUGAAAUUGGAAUGUGAAUAUUGUUAUGAUUGUUAUGAUGAAUGA